AUGGCCGAAGAACCAGCAAUCAUAUUCAUUUCGACUGGGACGGUGCAGAUCCCGAAGCAGAUGAUGUCCCAGCCGGUAGGGGAUUCCUGGGCUUUUCUGCGGCAGCUGCGAUCCUUUAGGGACAAUGAGUGGUCUGAAAAACUGCCAAUCGGCGUGUUCGUUAUCUCGCAUCCCCAAGGACCCAUCUUGUUUGACACUGGGGAGUCGACGCACUUCAACGAUCCAUCGUACCACCCAUUCUGGGCACCAACUAAGAGAGUCUCCAAGGUCGAGAUACGACCAGAGGAGUCCAUCACUGCUCAGCUCUGGGCGCGGGGCAUCGACCCGUGCAACAUCCAGGCCAUUGUGCUGAGCCAUCUGCACGGCGACCACGCCGGCGGCCUCAAGGAGCUGAGGGAUCAGAAUCCCGACGUGCCGGUGUACGUGAGCGACAGCCACUGGAAAGCUUUUGGCAACCGGCCGCUGUUCGCCACGGCCAGCGGAUGCGCACCGCAGCACUGGCCCAAGGACUUCAAGCCGGAUAUCCUGCAACCCGCCGCCCACGCCAUUGGCCCGUGGGAGGCGUCCUACGCCAUCACGUCAGACCGCACCGUGUUUGCGAUCGACACACCUGGCCAUGUGCCAGGUCAUGUCUCUCUGGUCGUAUACGGACGUGACCCGCACAAGGGGCCUACAACUUACUUUCUCACCGGCGACGCGACGUACUCUAUUGACACCUUGAAUGCCGAGGAGCCGGACGGUAUCACGGGCGAUCCGAAAACGGCUUUGCAGAGCAUCAAGAAGAUCAAGGAGUUUGCCAGGACAGUGGAUCUCGUUGUUCUGCCAAGUCACGACCCAAACACAGAGAAGAUGUUAAAGGAGCGAACUUUGUAUCGACCAGGGCCGUAA